ACCCUACAAUUUCUUUCUUAAAUGUUAAAUAACCAAUCUGAGUAAACUGCUAACAAUUUAUGGAGCUUUGUGUCUUUACAUUUUGUUUUAAAUUUCUAUUCCAACUUCUACAACUGUUACAGCUUAAACUAGCUGGCCUGGAAAGCAAUGUCUGGCUCAUUUAGUACAAUUAUUAUCAGAAACACAAAUGUUGAUAUUUUUCACACAUUUACAAUUUCUUUUCCAAUUUUCUUUUCAUCAGUAUUUAUUAUCCACCUACAUGUAAGCCUAACAACUGAUAUUUAUUGGUAAAUUAGAAUAUUCUUGCGAGUAAUUUGCAAAGACUAAUCGUACGAGGUAAUUUAGAUUUGUUUACUACAGUUAACCUCUCUCAACGAGAGUUUAUCCAUACAUACACGCCGAUUAGAUAUUGAAAUUCAAACAUAUGUUUCACGCCGUGUAAUUAGUACUAACAAUUGGUUUUCUUGUUCAUGGCUUAGAUUAGUAGAUUAGUUAAACAAAUGUUAAACAUGCAUUUGAGCAAAUCCAAGUCUUAAUUAUAGAGUUAAAGUUCUAUGUGAUUGAAUUAUGGCUUAUAGAGAAUGGUAGACAAGGGAACUCUUUAGUUACACAUGCCCAUGGUGUGACUAAUUUUUUGCUUUGUUUAUUGUAAUAAAAGUUGACACGGAACCUCAAAGAAGAGAUAAGUUUGUUGGGGGUUGAGGCAGAACAUUUUUGUUGACAUUUGCAUCUUAGUCCUCCCCCUCCCACACAGUACUCACAUCACUCCCUUAUAAAGUACCUUGUUAAUUUUAAUUUCAAACACUCAUCCAUAUUAAUUCAUUGUAACUCAAACACACACACAAACUCUUUUUCUCUCUCUCUCUCUUUCUCUUUCUCUCUUCUCUCUCUCUAAUGGAGUUUCUCUCUGUACUUUUUGGUUUUACAAUAAUGCACUUGUGUUUCCUGAUCUGGAAAUUGUUUGAUCGGAGAAGGGACCAAGAGUGUUACAUAUUAAGCUACGAAUGUUACAAGCCAAGGGAUGAAAGAAAGCUUGGAAGUGAUCUUUGUGGCAAGAUCAUAGCAGACAAUGAGUAUAUUGGUCUGAAUGAGUGCAAGUUCUUCCUCAAAGCCAUUGUCAACUCAGGGAUUGGCGAGGAAACUUAUGCUCCAAGAAACUUCAUCGAAGGCCGAGCUGUGAACCCGACAUUGGAAGAUGAAGUCACUGAGAUGGAAGAGUUCUGUCAUGACAGCAUUGCAAAGCUUCUAAGCAAAUCAGGCAUUUCACCUUCCGAGAUCGAUGUUCUUGUGGUAAAUGUAUCUUUGUUUUCUUCUAUUCCUUCUUUAACUUCAAGAAUCACUAACCAUUACAAAAUGAGAGAGGACAUAAAAGCUUAUAACCUCUCCGGUAUGGGUUGUAGUGCUAGUCUUAUUUCAUUAGACAUUAUUCAAAACAUUUUCAAGUCACAGAAGAACAAGUAUGCUCUUUUGUUGACUUCAGAGUCUCUUAGCACAAACUGGUAUUCAGGCAACAACAGGUCAAUGAUCCUAGCUAACUGUCUUUUUCGCACCGGCGGAUGCGCUAUUCUUCUCACAAAUAAAAGAUCCUUAAAGCACAAAGCUAUACUGAAACUCAAGUGUUUAGUCCGAACUCAUCACGGCGCUAGAGACGACGCGCAUAACUGUUGUAGUCAAAAGGAAGACGAACAAGGCCGUCUUGGUUUUUACCUAGCUAAAGAUCUUCCGAAAGCGGCGACACGAGCUUUCGUUGAUAAUCUAAGAGUGUUAUCACCUAAAAUUCUACCAGCUAGGGAAUUACUCAGGUUUCUAUUCAUGUCACUGAUAAAAAAAGUGUCAAAGUUUCAUGUUCCUAAGUCAGCUGCAGGUGCUGCUACAACAAUAAACAAAUCACCAUUGAAUUUCAAAACUGGUGUUGAUCAUUUCUGCCUCCACACAGGAGGAAAAGCGGUGAUCGACGGAAUCGGAAUGAGCUUAGAUCUGAGUGAGUAUGAUCUGGAGCCAGCAAGAAUGUCCUUGCAUAGAUUUGGAAACACAUCAGCUAGUAGCUUAUGGUAUGUGCUAGGGUAUAUGGAAGCUAAGAAGAGGCUGAAAAAAGGUGAGAGAGUAUUGAUGAUAAGUUUAGGUGCUGGCUUUAAAUGCAAUAGCUGUUUGUGGGAGGUAAUGAGAGAUGUUGGAGAUAGAAAUGUGUGGGACGAUAGCAUUGAUAACUAUCCACCACACUCAUUGGCCAACCCAUUCAUGGAGAAGUACGGUUGGAUUAAUAGUAUUCAAGAUGCAAACACUUUCAGACAACAACUUACUGAGUAUUUUCUCAAGUGAUGUUAACUCCAUUUUCAUAUUAUUUAUUUAUUUAAGGUAUUACUUUACAUGUGUAGUGUUGUAUCUGAUUUUUACAGAAAUUGAAGAAAAAAAUGAAGACAAGUUCUUAGAAUUCACCUCUUAUCAUUAUCAUGCUUAUUGUGCUUUUGGUUUUUCUUACAAUUUUUUCUGCCCUCAAGGGUCCCUUACCCAAUAAGAUGUUCUGGUUCUAAAUUCUAUAUGAUAUGAAUGCUGAAACCCAUCACAGUACUUGUUGUUUGAAUUAAAUAAUAAAAGUCUAUUUCUUUUUAGUACUAGGUUUUACUUGAUUAAUUAAUAUUUAUAUAUAGGAUUAUCAUAAUAUUUUUUCUGUUUGGAGCCAAAAGAAGUUGUAACAUAAGGAUUGUGCUUGUUUUUUUUACUAAGUACAUGUAGUUUUCACUCUUCUUGAGUAGAUAGGAUAGAUGUUGAGUUUUGAUGGGUUUAUGUUUAUGUAUUCUUUUCUUUCUAUAUGUAUGUAACUUUCAAUAGAAAAAUUAAGUUGAAAAGAUGUAACUUGUCACAUCAUACAUACUACUACUAGUCAUGAAUUAUGAAUGGGCCCCUCUCAUUUCA